UUAAGCAAAUUCAAGUGGAUUCGAGUUGACUGAAGGAGAGUCUACUUAAGCUCUAAGAGCGAGUUAAGAUUGAGUAAGAAGAAUCCAAGAAUCUGAAGGGUGUUGCCUGUAUGCCUAUAAAGAUCGAAUACUUGAGAAGAUGUUAGAGAAAACGUCGACUCCAGAUAAUAAUCAAUUAUCAAAAGAGGAUUAUUUGAUUAUGCGGGCAAAAGAUGCACUUCCUGUUGAUAUUUACGCUGCCAAAUCCUGGUUAAUUACCGCGAAAUCCUUAUUUCCCCAUAGCGCAAAAGUCCAGUUUGAAGCGUAUCGGAUCGAAAAGCUUUCGAAAAAUGUAAAGGAGGCGGCGAAAUGUUUCAGCGAAAUAUUUCAGAAUUUUCCAGAUGACAGAGACAUAUGGAAGGAAAUAGAAACAGUGACAGCAUGCCUUCGUUUGGAGCAAUGUGAUACAGAAGCAGAAUUUCUGUGUCAGAUGUUCCAACAUAUACCUCAAGAACUACAGCAUAGACUACUCAUCAUGACUGCAGACCACAGUGAAGAUACAAUGGAACAUUGUAAAUUGUUACUUCUACUAUUGCGUAGAUUUCCUCAAACUAUAGCUACUCAUGGACCACGUUUGGUAGAAACUCUUCUCACUGCAGAAAAACACAGCCAUCCAGGACGUGCAGUGAAUGGAUUCAGAAGACUAUUAGCCUGUGAUGCACUGCCACUUCUUGGCACUGCACCGGUGGAAUUAAAUCCAAGACUUAGUCUCAGAUUGCUUUGCAAAGCAGUUGAAUUUUAUUUAGCAUACAUACAACAGCCACAAGAUAAUCAAAUUCUAAAUCCAUGGGACAGGCUGUUUCAAGUUGUAGAGUUAAUUGGGAAAAAGUUAGGGUGGGAAUUGGGUAGUCUGUUCUCUAUGUCCUGGAAUAGGGAUGCUUAUUGUGAAAGAUUACAGCAGUACGCAGUUGUGCAUACUACAAAUUUAUGCGAGGAACUGAUUGUUAGGCAAUUAUUAAUGUGUACUGUUGUAGUAUUAUUGAGAAUAUUAAAUGAACAUAAUGCACUUAUUACCAAUGAUGAAACUAUAUACUGCUUGAUCGAAGCAUUUGGGGAAUGCAUUCAUUCACCUGCAGAACCCAAAUUGAAGAAACGUAAGAGGGAAGAUAAUGGUGGAAUUGCAAUAACCAGUGAUGGUGAAUAUAGUGGUAAUGGUUUGGCAUUAGCGGUAAAGUUGUGGGACUUGUUACAUAGUAGUGAUUACUUGCAAAGAGAAGUGGGGAAAUUAAAUCAACAACUUCGAUUAGAUACUUGGCUAAAUUCUUUUCUAACAGAUUUAGCUAUGUACAAAGGGUUACAUCAUGAAGUAUUGGCAAGAUUAUCACAAGAAGCAGGUAGUUUAUCUGCUCACCUUCGUUUAGCAAGUACAUGUUUUUUCUUAAAAGAUUAUAAGGGAAUGUUAGAAUAUAUAGUUUUAGUGGUUAGUGCAUUACCUUCUGUGGCUGGCAAGGUAUCACACAAUUUAACAGUCUCCUGUGCAAGGCAUUUACAUUAUUUAACAGUCGCGCGUUUUCCUGUCAUCCAGUAUUGUUGUAGGUUACUACUUUCAGCGAUAAAGGAAAACUUUUCUUUACCCGGAGGAGUCGGAGACUUGGCCAUAGGACACGCGUUGGUGUUAAUGCAAAUUGAUUGGCCACAGGAAGCUAGUACUUUAACCACAAUUACAGAACGAAUUGUCAACCGUGGAUCUUUCACUUACCCCUUGUUUCAAGCUUACAUUAUUUGCGUGGAUAUUCUAGAGGAAUUGACGUAUUUAUGGACCGAACACGGUGGAGGUGUAUCAUUGGAUAUUGCAACAGGAUCUGGAGUAGUACAAAAUCGACGCAUUACUACUCGCGGAGCUGACAAAGGAGUGCGUGAAGAAGUGAAACAAGCGAUGAGACGGCAAGCAGCCCGCGACGGGAUUGAUCCUUUAGAUGAAUUAUUACAAAAGUUCAUUCUUAACGAAAAAGCCGCCAUUCUGCACAGUUUAAUAAUUCAGUGACUUUAUCUUUAUCUCCAAUAACAGAUCUAAUAUAAAAUUUUAAUAAAAUUGUAUACUUUUUUAUUGAAAAAUAUACACAU